CUGCCAAAUCCUGGGAACAGCCAAUUGGAUCAGGGAGUGUGAGACCAACAGACCAGUCACCCAGCCAGACGGGCGGGAGAGAGCGUGGCCAAAUCCGGCCCCGCCCCUGCUCCGUGGCUGGUUCCCUUCCGGCUGGCGCCUCCGGCGAUACCAGAAGACAUGGGCAAUACCUGGCGGAGCCCUGGGUGGGCGCGGCUCGCGCUCUGCCUCGCGGGCUUAGGACUCUCUCUCUACGCGCUGCACGUGAAGGCGGCGCGCGCCCGGGACCGGGAUUACCGCGCGCUCUGCGACGUGGGCACCGCCAUCAGCUGUUCGCGCGUCUUCUCCUCCAGGUGGGGCCGGGGCUUCGGACUGGUGGAACACGUGCUGGGCAAGGACAGCGUCCUCAAUCAAUCCAACAGCAUAUUCGGUUGCAUCUUCUACACACUACAGUUGUUGUUAGGUUGCCUACAGGGCCGCUGGGCAUCUGUCCUGCUGGUGUUGAGUUCCCUGGUGUCUCUAGCUGGUUCUGUCUACCUGGCCUGGAUCCUGUUCUUUGUGCUCUAUGAUUUCUGCAUUGUUUGCAUCACCACCUAUGCCAUCAAUGUGGGCCUGAUGGUGCUGAGCUUCCGGGAGGUCCAGGAACCCCAGGGCAAGGUCAAGGGGCACUGAGCCCUCACCCCAAGCCAGGCUGACCUCAUCUGUUCUGCUUUGGCUUGUGAUCUUUGCCCAAGGAGGCUACGUCUGGAUCCUUAGAAGAGUCUGCAACCUGCCCCUGCCAUACUCCCACACAGGACAAUGGACCAAACAUGCCACACUGUUUCCUUCACCUUAGUGCCUCUGCCUCUGUCCCCAAAGACUGGUUUCCAAAGUUCCUGCUAUUGCCCAAGGAGGGAUGGUUCAGAGCAAUAAAAUUCCUUAAAUAAAUUAGCCAAGUCUGAGCCAUCUGUCUGCCAGGGACCUUAGUGUUGGGGCUUUCCCAGUCUUUCCUCCUCUGGGAGGGGAAGAUGUGAGUCAGAACGAGAGUGGAGGGCCUGCUGGGAAGGGUAGUUAGUCCCUUCUCCAGUAUGUGGAGUCAGCAAGACCUGGGGUGCCAUCAGCCCCCACUCCCAGGAAAUGGGCUGGCAGCUUGUCCCUCCUACCCACAGAAGCCAGGCCUUGUCUUCUGGGACAGCCAAGCAUGUGAGAUCUGCCUUUCUGGUUCUAUGCAGGCUUGCUGGGAAGUUCUUCCUGUAGUCUAACCUAACCCCUCCAGCUGCCUUAUCUACCACCCCAAGCCAGUCUUGGCAGCCCUGGAGGGCCAGGUACAGGUUGUGUUUUUGUUUUGUUUUUCCCAGUAUGUACUAAGCACUUAUCCACAUGUGACUCACUGUUUAAGACCCUGACAUGUCAACUCUUUUAAUCCUUAUAUCAAUUGUAUGAGGUAGGUAUUAUUCUUACAGUCAUCCCUUGGUAUCCACAGGAGAUUGGUUCCAAGACUCACCUACCCACCCCCAAACCAAAAUCCGAGAAUGCUCAAGUCCCUUAUAUAAAAGGGCAUAGGGAAUUCCCUGGCCGUUCAGUGGUUAGGACUUGGAACUUUCACUGCCGUGGGCCCGGGUUCAAUUCUUGGCAGGGGAACUAAGAUCCCACUGCAAGCUGCGCAGUGCAGCCAAAAAAAAAAAUUAAUUAAUUAAAUAAAAUGGCGUAGUAUUUGCAUAUAACCUGCACACACCCUCCCAUAUACUUUAAGAUAUACUUUUAAGUCAUCUCUAGGUUACUUAUAAUAUUUAAUACAAUGUAAAUAGUUGUAAAUACAAUGUGAAUGCUAGGUAGCUAGUUGUUGGUAAGCAGUAAACUCAAGUUUUGUUUUUUGGAACUUUCUGGAUUUUUUUUCUUUUUUUUUUUUGGAUCUGCAGUUGGUUGAAUCUGCAGGUGCGGAACCUGUGGAUACAGAGGGCUGACUGUAUAUCUUGAUGAGGAGAUUGAGGUUCAGAGAGAGAGGCUAAGUAAUUUGCCCAAGAUCACACAGCUAGUUUGGGGGAGGGGGUUAGGGAGCCCUCAGGACUUGAAUUCACCAGGGCCAUAUGGCUCUGGUGUCUAUGUUCUUAACCGGAGCCACAGCUGCCUCUGGGUUGGGGUCAGGGUCCCUGAACAGUCUGGUCUGUUCUGAGUUAGAAGUCAGGAAGAGGAAAAGGAUGCAUCCUGAGUGUUCCUCCCUCCUAAUUGAGUCUUCCAACACCUGUUAGGAAGGUGGGCACCAUGUGACCCUGUUUCCCGGGAAGGUAGCAGAGAGGCAUUGAGAUUUGCUAGUCUCGUAGCCAGCAAGAAGCAGACAGCCUGGCCCCUUGACACCUAGCCCUGUACACCCUGCCUCUGAAUCAAACUAGGAGAAGAUAAAUGAAACCCCUUUGGACCCAGGCCUGGGAGGGAAGCUGAAAUGAAGAGUGAGAACUGGGGAAGGCCUGCCCACCAUGCCCUUCACCUGUUCCAGUAGGACAGCUCCCACGCUUGGGAGCAAGUUUACUCUGCUAGGCUUCGGUCUAAGCACUUUUACACUCAACAGUUUGGAGUUUUUCAGUCAAGGCACAAACGGGCUAACUGUCCAAGGUCACUCAAGUGUUAGGGGGAACUGGGAUUUGAACCCAGGCAGUGUGGCCAAGGCUGAGGCCCAGGGAGAGGCGGUGAACAGCCCAGGGUCACACAGCCACAGCCCCAGAGCUGGAAACUGCUGGCUCCCUUCCAGCCCAGGAAAAGCAAUGACUCCCGACUCCUAGCAAGUUGGGGGUGGAGCUAGGGAGAUCCAGGUGGCUUCUCGGAGAACCAGAGCACGGGCGGCAGAGUGGCUUGGAGCAGCAUGAAGGGGAGCUGGGGACCGAGGCUGCUCAUCCUGGGAGCCGUGGUUCUCAUAGAGGGUGAGUCACCCGUGUUUGCCGGGGAGGUGGUAUGGUGGGGUUCGGGGGCUGUCCUCUACCCUAGUAGCCCCCUGCAGCUUGGUGUGUGAGAGAGUGCCUGCCCGGGAGGCCACAGUCAGCCUGUGGCAACGUAACCGUGUCUGGCUGUGUGUGUUGGGGAGGGGUAUGUGUCCAAAUGGGUAUGAUUUCCUUGGGCUGGAUUAUAGUGUGUGUCUGCAGGAACUGUCAUUAUGCCUGUGUGUGCGCCCUGUGGCCCCAUCUGCCUCUCUACUUCCAGAAUGACCUUAGGCAAGUUCUGGGGUUCUGUGGCCUCAGUCUCCCCGCCUUUACAUACGUUCCGGUUCUCCUGGAGCAGAUGUUCAAUGGGUGUGUUUGUGUGUGCCUGUGAUGGGGAAGAGGCAGGGCAGGGGACCCUUUGGUAGAGUCUCUGGUGGUUUCCGGAAAGAUGGCGGAGCCCGAGUUGUCAGAACAGGGGCGGGGUGAGUCUCGAUCUCUUGAUGCCCUCCCCAACUUGGACAUGACACAGGCCUCUAAUUAUUCCUCUUAGGUCUCUGCAGCGCAGGGCACAAUUAAGCUAAUGCUCUUCACAUGCACAGGCCGCCUCUCUGACUCAGCAGUUGGGGCAGGAGUUGGGGGUCCUGCGGCCUGGAGGAGGCUUGGCCUGGUCCCAAGCUGAACCCCAGGCCCUGCCGCUCAGGCCCAGGAGUGCUGAGCACGGCUGAGACAGAAGAAUUAAUGACUGAGUGUACACUCUGAAGAGCUUCCAAUACAAGCUGUUUCUCGAUCUCAUAUAAAUAUUUUAAUUCUGGGAGGGGCCGGUGAGGUCGCCACAGAGUCAUAGCAGCAGCCCACACCAAUCCCCCCAAACCUGCCCCCUCCACCAAGGCUGGGCCAGGCAGGUAAGGCUCCCUGCCCCAAGGCUCACCUGUGUCUCUCUCUUCCCAGGUCUUCAAGCAGCUCAGCAUGGUAAGUCUGGGGCCGUGGGGCCUGGGCCUUACUUGGGUCUGGGUCGGGCCGGGGGUGAGGGCAGGACAGGGGCCUGCUGUUACCCUGACCCCCGCCUCUCCACAGCAUGCGGGCAGC